AUGGGUCAAGGAAAUGUGAAAAAUCGUCUUAUUCUUCAUGGAACAAAUGAAUAUUUAAUAGAUAGAAAAAAAAAAUUAUGUUUUUUAAACAUACGGCAUAAUGUGAAGAUAAAAAAAAUAUACAAUGGUCCUAAUAAUAUAAUAGUUAUAUAUGAAAAUAAUGAAUUGGAAAUAGUCGGAUUAAAUAAUCACGGCCAAUUAGGUUUAGGAGACAAAACGAAUAGAAAUAAACUAACAAUUAAUCCAAUUUUUUCCAAACAAACAAUUCGAAAAAUAUCAUGCGGACUCGAACAUAUAGUAGCCUUAAUGCAUAACUAUAAUGUUUUUGUCUGGGGAAAUAAUAAAUAUGGUCAAUUAGGUAUAGGAGAUACUACCAAAGAAAUAUCAACGCCCUUAUUAGUUUAUUUUAAUGAAAAAGUUAUUGAUAUUGCAUGCGGAAAUAAUCAUUCUAUUUUUUUAACCGAAUCAGACCUCCCUCACGAUAAUUAUAUUACUAAUGAUAUAGAUGAACAAAAAAAAGACGAUAAAUGUGUAAAUUUAAAUAACAUAAUUGAAAAAGAAAAUCACAUUAAUAAUAAAUGCUUGUCCAAUUUUGACAUAAGUAUCAAUGACCUAAAUUGCACCAAACAUAUAGAUAAUUUAAAUCAGACAAAUUUAUUACAUUUUCAUAAUGAAAACAAAUUUAAGGAACAGGAAGAAAUAAAAAAGACAAUAGAGAAAAUCCCAAAAGAGGUAAAAAAUGGACAUAAACAAAUGCCUUUAGAAAAAGAAAAUAGUAUACAAAAGGAAGAUAUACUAUGCUUUAAUAAUAUUUACUCAUGUGGUUCGGGAUCUAAUGGAAAACUUGGGUUUAAAGAAGAAGAUAAUGCUUAUUUUCCAAAAAAAGUUGAUAUAAAAAAAAAAUUAAAAAUAAGUAACAUUUACUCUAGUCACGAUUAUAAUGCAUUAUUAACUAGUACAGGAGAAUUAUAUACAUGGGGAAAUAACAAUAUUGAUGAAUUAAAUGUAAAUAAUAAAAAAUCAAAUUAUGAAAUAAAAUUGAUGAAUUUUAAUGAUAUAGUUAUAAAGGCAUCACUUGGUAAAUUAUAUUCAGCUUGUUUAACAAAAAAUAAUAAUUUUUAUAUUUGGGGAAAUAAUAUUACUGGAAUAAAUAGAUUAAAUUUAUCGAAUCAUAAGGUUAAAGAGUUUUCAUGUAAUGAUGAUAAUAUUAUUAUACUAACGGAAGAUAAUAAGUUAUUUUUAUUAAACUCACUAAAAAAAAUACAAUGCAUGAACAAAUUAAUUGAAGACAAAUUAUAUGCUGAUAAAAAAAAUGAUAAUUCUAUUCAAUACAAUUUUAUAGGAAAUGGAAAUAAGUAUUUAUAUGUUCAAAUGGGUAUAAAUCAAGAUGCUAAUAAUAUAAGUUCAUUAAAACUAAAUGAUUAUUCUUCGGAUAAUUUACUUGAAUCAGUAGACAAACAAUAUAUAACAUACAGUGAAAUAAAUGAAAAUAUAAUACAUUGUAAUAAUUCUGUAUCUUUAAACAGUGAUAAUAUAGAACCAAUGGAAAGUAUUUUAAAUACGAAAGACACACAAAUAGAGCAAUAUAAGCUUUGUGGAGACAGUAAGAAAAAUAAAAAUCAUGAAGAAAUUAUAUUUUCUUCGAAAAUUUCUGAAAAAAGUGAGGCAACUCCCGGUAUAGCAAUGUGUUGUAGCAUGAAAGGGAAUGAAGACGAAAUAGAAGAUAGAAAAACAAAUUUUUAUGAAGAAAUAGAUCAAAAAUGUGAAAGAAUAGAAAUAAAUAAUACUACACAUUCUGAUCUCCCAUUUUUUAAAAUGGAUCAUACUACAAACAAUAUAAAAAAUAAACCCAUAUAUGGAAUUAACCAAAAUAUUAUAAACACGUUUUCUUCUUUUUCUAAUAAGUUUGGAAAAAAUGAAAAUUUAAACAAUUUUUGUAAUGGAUCAGGAUCAGGUAUAGAAAAGGAACCGAAGGAAGAAACGAAAAAUGCGGAGUCAAAAAAUGAAAAGAAAAAACAGAAAAGUAAAAAAAAUACAAAACAAAAUAAUAUCCCUAAUGAAAAAAUAAAAAUUAUGAAUUUUCUUAAUAACAUUAAUAAUAGUAAGGAAAUUGCAUGUAUAAAUGAUAUCGAUUGUCUUAUAAAUGGUAAUUAUUUAAAUUUUGAAAAUAAUAAAAAAAAUUAUGGUGAUUAUCAUUUUAUAAAAAAUAAUAUAGAUGAAAUUAUGAAUAAAAAUUCUAAUUAUAUAGACUAUUUAUCAGGUUAUGAUGAAAUUAUGAGUAAUUUUGAUGAUUUACCCACUGAAAAUCAAAACCCAUUUUCUUCUUAUACCCACCAAGAAGAUAAACAUAUUAAUUUAAAUAUAAUAUUAUUAAAAGAAUUAAAUAAACAAAAAAAAAUAAACGUUUUUUAUAGUCACGUAUUAAGUGCCGUUUUACAACAAUUAAAUGAUUUAAAAGAGGAAAAAAACAAAUUAAAAAAAAAAUUAUCGCUCUUUAGGCAUUUAAACCACUCAAACCAUAGCGUAAAGAAAUAUAAAGACGAGAGACACCCAAAAUAUAAUAAUAGUAGUAAUAUAAAUAGCAAUAAUAUAAAAAAUAAAACUAUUCCCAUUUUAAAAAGGUAUCCUAAAAGACUUCAUAUUACUCAAUCAAAAAAGACAAAUGAAAAAAAUGAACAGAUUUUACCUUUAAAUUUAAGACAACAUAGCAUAAAUUUGCAUAUUGAUAAUCCCACUGCUGCCACUAUAUCUGAUAGCAAUGAUAACCCUUAUUUUAUGGGCGAGCGAAAUCUAAUAAAUAUUCAAAGUGAAAAAAUAAACACAGAGUCAAAUAAUUUGCUCUUUGUGAAUGAGUUCGAACCGGAUUUAUUUAUAAAAAAAAAAAGUGAAAAUAAUGCAGAAGUAAAUAAUAUACCAAUAUUUUUUUUAAAUAACUAA